AGACAGCGCACGCGAUGCUUCAGCGACAUUUUUCACAACUCAUCUCCUGUGAGGACAUACAACUUGCCUUAAAGUGUGGAUAGCGGCAGAGGAAAGCAAAACAUAUCAAUUUAUUGACCGUGGGAAUGAACUUCAACACAUACGAUUGUGAUUGGGUAUGUUGGGUCCAGAGGUGUGUGUAUGUGCCCAUUCUGGUUUUCGGUUUCCCUCUGAUCCUGGCCGCUCUGUGGCAGCUGCUCUUCCGCAUUCGACGCUGGAGCGAAUCUAUGGUUUACCUCAGCAACCUGAUCAUCAACGACAGCCUGCUGAUGCUGUCCCUGCCCUUUAAAAUACAUGCCUACAAGCAGCACUGGAAUCUAGGCCAGACUUUCUGCUCCCUGCUGGAGAGCCUGCUCUAUGUCAACAUCUACGGCAGCAUCAUGCUGAGCGUGUGUAUCGCGGUCGACCGAUACAUCGCCCUACAGUUUCCAUUCGCUGCACGCCGUUUGCGAUCUCCGCGCAAGGCAGUGCUCGUGUGCCUGAUCUUGUGGAUGGUGGUCUUUGGAUGCAGCUUCCCCAUCUACAGACUUCACGAUAAUCCAGCAAACAAAACAUUGUACUGCUUUGAGCAAUUCUCCAACUCAACUUGGACGAAAAGUUGGAUUCUGGCAUCUAUGGAAACAGUGUUUUGCAGCAGUGCCUUGGUGAUGGUGUUCUGUUCCGUGCGCGUGGUGCAAAUCCUGCACAAACUGAGGGAGCGCUACCCUGGAGAUUCCAAACUGCGCAACAACAAGAGCAUGAAGAUUGUUCUUAGCAACCUGGUGGUCUUCCUCACAUGCUUCAUUCCUUACCACAUAGCAGCGCCCAUAUACUUCCAUGCCAAGACAGGCAGGUGGCAACAAAGCACUAUCGAUCAUCUACGCUACUUUGUUCACAUAAGCAUAUGUAUUAGCAAUGUGAACAUCUUGGCAGAUGGCGCAUGUUACUAUUUCAUCCUUAAAGAGAACCUGGAGUCCGCGCAGCGAGAGAGGAGAAUGGCUAUACGCGUCAGAGAGACACGCAUACGUGGAUCAAAGAGUUUAACGUUUGGAGAAAUACAUAAUGGUACGCCCAAAGCCACUGACAAUAUGGAAAUAUGUGUGGAUACUGGUUUUACGUAAAGAUCUACACCAAAACUCAUGGAGAGCAAAUGCAAGGAUGAUUAAUCCUACACACAGCAAAGGAAGACAGAAGACAAUAAGACAUGCUCGUCUAGUUGAGUAUGCAGGCGGAUGGGAAGUAUAUACACACAAAGGAUGUGUGUUUACAUGUGAUGUAGGUGAAUUUUUGGGUACAAAAUCGCAGUAUGCACUCUUAUGCACUGGAAUUUUAGCACUGCUUUUAAUCUGAAACUAUGUCGAUUUCCUUCUGGAACAUUCUUCCAGAAACAAAAUUGAGUGGUGAAUCACAUAACACGAAGGUAAUGGUUUAGAGUUUAUAUGAGCCAUGAAAUUAACAUUUGAUGUUUACUUUACUUUUUUUUUUUCAUUGUGACAUUAUUUUAAGACAAUUAAGCUCAUUUUAUCACCUUUAUUAUUCUUUACCUUCUUAAUUAUUCUUAAAUGAUGAUUCUCAUCACUGUCAUACAUGUCAUUUUUAUCCAUAUGUGUUACUGUAAAAAUACAGUUUGCAAAUUAAAAUCAAUUAAUUUUUAAUGAAGGCAGUAAAACAAAGAAUAUAUAAAUAAUUUCUCAUUACUGUAUCAUUAAAAUUAUUAGAAAUAAUAGAAUAUAAUAUCUAAUUAUUCUAAUACAAUAAUAGAAGAAUAGAAGUUAUUGAUUUUUUACUGCCUUUAAUUUAUUAAAAGCUGAUUUUAAUUUAAUGUAUACAGUAAUACGGAUGAAUAAAAAUUGUAUUACAGUGAUAAGAAUCAUCAUUUAAGAAUUAUUUUAAAAAGACAGAUGCAUUACAGUAGUGGGAAUUGAGUGGUAAAAUGAUCUUAAUUGUCCUGAAAAUAAUGUCACAAUUAAAAACAAAAUCCUAAAAGAGUACUAAUUGUAGGUUAUAUUUUAUUUGUGCAAAAAAAUCUUUUAUUUUAUUUUAUUAUUUUUACCUGAUGUAAUCAAUGGCAAUAUUUUGAAACCCGUUUUUGGUGUUAGGAAUGUGGAUGUUUUCAUGAUUUGUUUGGCUCCAACUCCCAUAUUCCUCUUUUCAUCAGCAGAGGACGCACUUUCAGCUUUCAGUUUUUUUUUAAUCGUGGUAAAGCUUGUCAGUCAACAGGAGGUUCAUAAGUUACAUUAAAUGAGUUCAGUGACAGUGUUUAUAUUAAAAGAAAUGAUUAACUUUGACGCUAUCUUCCUGCCAUAGAUUAAAGUUUAAGUUGAUGGCAAAGGUUCCUCUAAUGAAGCAGAUGUAUCUUGUGUGUGAAAUGUACAUGGAAAUGUGCUACGAGAGAGUAAAGGUUAAAUGCAGUUGGCAGGGAGUGUCUUGUUUUACAGUAGGGAAGUGUGACAAAACGCUACAGUUCAGAUUUUUUAACUGUUUCAUUUUUGAACCAGAUAAAUGUUGCUCUACUUAGAUAUACUUCCAUGUGUUUUAUCAUUUAAAAAAAGAUAAUGCUGCUUUAAUGUAGCUGAGUCUUUUUAUAAAAGUUUAGCUUGACUCUAAUUAUACAUUUUUAGUAUUUUAGCUUCAGCUACAAUUUUUGAGGUUCCUCACGAUUAACUGGCAGGCACUUCUGAUUUCUGUUGUCUCCAUCUCCCUUUGUCUGUGUUCAUGUUAUUUAUUGCAAUAAAUAAGACUUUGUAUUAAAAUA